GAAGGGGCCUGGCCUUGCCGUGUUGGUUAAUCAUUUUCAGAUUAAACAGAGGUUUCAUAUUUCAGGUCAGGUGUUUCAGUUGGUUUCCUCAGCUGCUGCUGGUGUUCUUCUCCUGCUGUAGCUCUGAAGGUGCCUAAAGGAUGGUGCGUACGUGAUGAUGGGCAAAUGGAGCUUUUGUCGAACCACUGAACCAGUUUCUUUCUUUGCUCACAACACUCCCCAAACACUCCACGAACCAGUCAGGUAGUUUUUUUGUGGGGAAAAAGAGGCUGGACACGUGCUAAGAUGAUCCGGACCGCUGGUCUUUUGAAGUUGGUAGCGCUCGUCACUGCGUUCUUCCUGGCUGUGUUUUUGACAUUCCAACUGCUGGAGAUCAACAUGGACUUUAAACUGGGCAACAUGAUGCCAAAGUCUGUGACGGGGAACUUAGUCACAAAGCCAGUCAGACACAAGUGUGGCCUGUUGAAGUCGUGUCCCAACGCACACUUUGCCUUCAAGAUCGUGAGUGGAGCAGCCAGCGUGGUGGGGCCCAGAAUGUGCCUGGAGGACAAAAUAGUCAUGAGCGGCGUGAAGAACAACGUGGGGAGAGGGAUAAACAUCGCUCUGGUCGACGGCAAAACGGGGCAAACCACAAACACAGCGUUUUUUGAUAUGUGGGCAGGAGAUGUAGCCCCCUUCAUUAAAUUCCUGAAGGACAUCAAAGAAGGGACGAUCGUGAUGAUGGCUUCGUUCGACGACGCUGCCACAAAGCUCAACGACGAAGCCAGGACGCUCAUUGCCGAGCUGGGCAGCUCGGUUAUCAGUAGCUUGGGCUUCAGGGAUAACUGGAUCUUUGUGGGAGGGAAAGGCAUCAAAACCAAGAGUCCUUUUGAGCAGUAUAUAAAGAACAACCCGGACAGCAACAAGUUUGACGGAUGGCCCGAGGUGCUUGAGAUGGAAGGCUGCAUACCCCAAAAAUACGAGAUGUGAUGGAAGGAAGCGGCACCGCCCCUUUUUGACGCCGCCCACCUCUGUCCUCCUGACAUUCCUCGUGUGCACACGAGACUUUUCCUCUUCGUCUUUUUUUUUUUUUUUUAUAUUACGUCUAUAGCUGUUUUCAGACUGGGACUGCAGAACUGGGUCCGAACAUUCUGGCACGCGAGGAACGCGUUUUACAUCCGGGGGGGGGGGGGGGGGGGGGGGGCAGAGGUGGUGCAGCGCGGGCGGCGGAGAGCGGUAUCUGCUGCUGCUGCUGCUGCUGUUGCUGCUGCUGCUGCGUUCUCACAACAAAACAACUGGUUUUUCACCACGCCGCCGCUGCUGCUGCUGAUGACGACGCCAUUUCUAAAGUCAUGCGUGGACGUCAGUGCAUGUAUGAAAGCAGAUUAUGUCUUUGGGCUGUGAAAGGGUCUCUUGCUCAAAGGGUUUUAUUGAAAUUGUAACAUCAGCCUCCCUCCUUCCCCCCGACCUCUGAACUUCUGAAGGUUUUUUUUCUCCCCAGGGCCGUGCGGACACAAAAAUCAGAUCAGGCCAUAGACCUCAUGAAGCUUUUUGCUGGUCUUUCACCUGCACACACUUAAUCAAACAGCGUUCAGAUUUCACAAUGCCUGUGGACAUUGUGGAAUGGGAUGAAUUUUGGUGGGGGCUGGUAAUCUCAAAAUGUGACUUAACGUCUUAAAUGUCAAUAUUUAACAGACGGGUCUGGCGUGUUUCAGUCCAGUGACUGUGUCAGACGGAGUCUGCGCUCCGGUCAUGGAGGAAGACAGUUUUAAACUUAAACUUAAUUACACUGAAAGUCACUAUGUCGCGUGUAAAAGUGAUGACUCCGCCCACGUCGAGUCGGUGCUUUGUGGAAAACCAACCUAAACCGUGCCGUGCCGAGUUGGGACCAUAGUGGACAAGGGCCGUUGGACUCAGUAAUAUCAGGCAGUAAGGUAGAGCGCACUGAAUAGAAGGGACUUUAAUGAACACUCUGACAUAAAGUAGCUUUAUAGCAUGUUGCAUUUUAUUGCACUGCUGACUUUUCUUGUUUUUUUGAGGGGGGGGGGGGGGGGUGUGAGUGGCAUGUCUUAAUCAAAUGCACCAAAAUCACUGUGAAAUAUAAUGUACAUAUGUGUGAAACGAGACUGUAGUAAUAAUAUAAUAUAUAUAAUGAUGAUAAUAAUAAUAAUAAAUGAUGCUGUUCGUUAUAUAGAUACAGUUACUGUGGAGAAAGUCUUAGUG